AUCAUAUAUAAACAGUUAUUGCUCCUAUAGGAGACAUGGGAUUCUCGGGGAGAAGGGUGCCAUCGGAGGGGAAUGUCUUAGUUUUACGCAGGACAGAUCGUAUGUCGUGGUACUUGAAUCGUUCAAGUCCACAUUUCUACCAUCCUGACUACGCCCUCCUUCUUCCCAAAAUGCGUCCCAUCACCGUCUCCCUCCUCUCGCUCCUCACCAUACAAGCCACUGCAUCUCCAACCCUCCAACCCCUCGACCUCUCCUCCCACACCCUCAACCCCCGUGCCGACCCCUCCCUGACCAGCUACCUGGGCGCCUUCUUCCUCGGCGACAAACCCUCCAUCUACUUCUACCAAUCCAACGGCAACAACGGCCUCUCCUUCAAACCCCUGAACAGAGGCCAACCCAUCAUCAACCCCACCAAAGGCACACAAGGCGUCCGCGACCCCUCCCUCAUCGCCGGCGGAGGCCCCGACGCAGGCCAGAAAUGGUACAUCAUCGGCACGGACCUUCACAUCGGCAAGACGACAUGGGACGCCGCGCAACGCACGGGUAGCAGGGGCAUCUUCGUCUGGGAGUCCACCGACCUAGUGACCUGGGGGCAGGAGAGACUUGUGCAAGUGGAAGACGCAACGGCGGGCAUGGUGUGGGCGCCCGACGCGAUAUGGGACGCCGAGAAGGGCCAGUAUCUCGUGCACUGGGCGAGCAAAUUCUACCCCGCGAGUGACCCGGAGCAUAAGGGGAGUCCGAGCGCGAUAAGGAUCCGGUAUGCGUAUACCAGGGACUUUAGGACGUUCACGGCGCCGGGGGAUUAUAUCAAUAGGUCGCCGACGAAUAUCAUUGAUUUGAAUAUCUUGCCGCUGGGUGGGAAUGCGUAUGCGCGCUUUAUGAAGGAUGAAACUGCGAAGACGGUGUUCACGGAGAUCAGUACGACCGGGUUGUUUGGGACGUGGACGAGACCGGCGGGAUCGAAUGCGAUCAUUGCUUCGGGUGUUGAGGGCCCGGCUGCGUAUUGGGAUAACCAGGUGGAUGGGAAGGCGUAUCUUUUGCUCGACUUCUAUGGCAGUGACGGAUACAGGCCGUAUGAGACUGCCGAUGUGAAGAGUGGGAAGUGGACUGCGAGUAACAGGAGUGGGUUUCCGAAGAACCUGAGACAUGGCAGUGUUCUUCCUGUGAAUGCGACUAUUGCGGCGGCGCUUAGUGCGAGGUGGCCCGCGUAAAUGAAUAGAGCGUUGGAGAAGGCUGAUGCUCAAUUUGGGUUAUUAAUAUACGUAUGUGCCAGGAAGUAGAGGGACCUUAGCUCACAGUAUCCCUCUUUUUUCUGUCAACCUCAUGCCAUAUACUCCAAUGAUCGUCCAAUAAUCCAAGCUCUAUGAUUGUCCUCAUGACAUUCAGCGGAG